AUGGAUGAAAAACUGGACGUGGAUGAAGAGGCAUACGACAUGCUCUUCAGCCCGGUGACACCCUGGCCCUGCCUGUCCCUCGACUUCAUUCUGAACAAACCUGGUGGAGGCCACCCCUCCGUAGGGGAUGCUAAGAAGAAGGGGGGCUGCACCCCCGUGACGUACCCGCUGCAGAUAACCUGCGUGGCGGGGAGUCAAGCUGCCAAAGGGAACCAAAAUGAAAUUUACCUCCUUAGGUGGGACAACCUGAACAAGCUAAACGGUGCCGCCGACGACAGCGACGAAGACAGUAGUGACGAUAGUGACGACAAUGACAAGGAUAACCUUAGUAACGGCGUCGACGCUUCCGGUGGGGAAGUAUCCAACCAGAAUGGCGCCGCUGCGGGAGGCAACCUGUUGGGGGGUAAUAUGCAAAAAGGGAAAAAAAAUCCAAACGGAGUGAACACCCCCCCUGCAGCGAGCAAGAAGGAACAGGUUGUGUGCAAAGCGAUUAAACAUCCAUACGGAGGAUUAAACAGAAUAAAGACAUGCAAAAAAAUAAACUCUCUCAUUGCAACCUGGUGUGAAGACAGUAAGGUAUACAUCUAUGAAUUAUCGGAGGAGAUAAAACAUCUCGAUGAGCGACCAUACAAUGAGGAGGUUGUGAAGAAACCACUGCAUGUGUUUGACGGGCACACCAGUGAAGGGUUCAGUUUAGAUUGGAACCCCGUCCAUGCAGCCAAACUGUUAAGUGGAGAUAAUGAGGGAAACCUAUUUCUGUGGUUGCCGGAUAAUAGUGAAAAAUGGACGUAUGAGCGGUGCAGCGUGGAGGUUGGCACUGACCAGAGCAACGAAAAAAGUGGGGGAAAGGGAAAAGGAAAAGGAAAAAAGAAACACAGCAUCGAAGAUAUACAGUGGAGCAAAGGAGGAAACGGGUUCGGACAUGUAUUUGCCAUGUGUUCCUCAGACAAAAGUGUAAAAAUAGUAGAUACACGCGACUUAAAAGGGGAUCAACACAAAACGGAUGGAAAGAAUUCUACACACAUACAAAUAGCAGAUGCACACACAGCAGACGUUAAUGUCAUAUCGUGGAAUGAACACGUCCCUUUUUUGCUUGCGUCAGGAGGGGAUGAUUCUGUUGUAAAAAUAUGGGACAUAAGAAAUGUCUCCAAUUCGGUAGGUGCAUUAAAGUUUCAUAAGAGACCCAUUUCUGCUGUUUCGUGGGAUCAUAGUGAUACUUACGUGGUUCUGGCUGCAAGUUUGGACAACUCCAUUUCCAUUUGGGACCUCUCUGUGGAGACGGAGUCGUUGGAGUUUGGUCUGUCGAAGCAUCCAGAUCAGCUUCUCUUUGAACAUCUAAACCAGAAGUUCAUCACGGACGCCAAGUUCCACCCCCUCCACCCAGGGGUUGUCGUCUCUACGUCCAGUGACAAUUUUAACAUUUUUAAGCCAUGCAAUGUGUAG